AUGGAGAUUGACAUCGAAGUGACCGGCUCCAUUGAAGAAAUAAACCCCCCCGAAGUUAUUCCCCCAGUAGGCAGGGGGUUUCUAGUAAAGAUAGGGUUCUUCCUAAAUGAUACAUUGAAGGUCAUGGGGGAAGAUGAUGAUGAGGUGAUGAAGGCCCAACGUUGCUAUGAGCAAAAGAUCGUAACCAGGUAUUCUACACAACUUCGUGACGCUAGUUAUGUGCAGCAACUGGUCUAUAAUACACUCCAUGACGACAUGGAUAUGGAUCCCGAGGCUGCAGAGAAGGCCAAAGCUAAGGUUGCUAGAACUAUUAUGAGCAAGAUGGAAGUGGCCAGCAACAACAACUCAUCACUUUGGACCGUCUUUUUGGAGAUCCGUGUAGAAUGCACGAUAGAAAUAAGUGACGAAGAGGCUGGUGAACCCAGUGGCGAACAUGGCUGCAAUCGGCUCCUCGAACGCCUUAACAAUGAUGACUGUUCCAUAUGCCGUGAAGACUUCGAUUCGACCGAUCACAUCGUCGUCACCACAUGCCACCAUACCUACCAUAGUUCGUGUCUCUGCAGGUGGUUUGCCCGUGGAACUCACACCUCCCGUGGAUCUUACACCUGCCCAAACUGCCGAUCCGACUUGGCUCCGGUCGCUGGGCUUCCAAUUAAAUUUUGA